AUGACUAAAGUUAAUACUGAGACCUCCCCGAAGGAUGAAAAGCUUUGGUGUGAUCUGGACGAAGAACAGAUCAUUCCAGAAAAUUCGCUUCCCAUCGUAUUUCUGGGCCUAAUGUUGGCACUGUUCUUAGCUGCCAUGGACCAAACAAUUGUGGCCAUUGCUCUGCCCCGCAUAAUAGCUCAGCUUCAUGGUUUCUCAGGAUAUUCUUGGGUGGGUACUGCGUAUCUUCUAGUUACAGCAACAUUGAGUCCGUUGUAUGGUCGCUUAUCAGACGCCGUGGGUCGAAAGCCAGUCCUGGUUGGCUCAAUUGUGAUGUUCUUGGUCGGUUCUGCACUCUGUGGGGCAGCUCAAAAUCUACCAUGGUUGAUCUUGUGCAGAGGUCUGCAAGGUGUCGGUGGAGGUGGAAUCUUUCCACUUGUACAAAUCGUAAUGGCUGACAUCACAACCUUGGAGGAGCGUGGCAAAUGGGCAGGAGCAACAGGUACCACUUGGAGUAUCGCAGCCGUUUUAGGACCAGUGUUAGGCGGCAUACUCACAGACCGACUUAGCUGGAGGUGGACGUUCUACAUCAAUCUUCCUUUGGGUGCACUCUCUUGCACGAUUAUCACAUUAUUUUUGAACACGAAUCCACCACCAAAGAAAUCAUUUAAAUCCCAUCUUUCUUCUUUUGAUUUUCUUGGAUUAAGUUGUAUUUUUUGCUCUGUGUCUUUACUUUUACUUGGAUUUAGUUUUUCAGAAUCAAGUUGGAGAUCUCCUGCAACCAUCUCUUGUCUUUGUCUAGGUAUUGCAUCUUUGGGCUUAACAGUUUUUGUAGAAUUGACUACCAAGCGAUUACCUAUCAUUCCACCUAGACUCUUUAUGGACCGGACUCCUGCGCUACUUUUACUUUGUUCUUUUUUACAUGCCGUUGUAUACUAUGCAUCUGCUUAUUAUCUCCCAUUGUAUUUCCAAUCUCUGGGCGCGUCUGCAACUUUGGCAGGGAUCAAGGGCUUAGCUUACAGUCUUACAACCGGCUUGUUCACUACUCUAGGUGGACUCAUUCUUCCUAGUCUGAGUGAUUACAGAUACAUCUUGUGGUUUUGCUGGGGCGUUCAGAUCAUAGGUUAUGGCCUGAUGACACAACUGAGUGAGACCAGCUCAAUCACGAAGCAAGAGAUCUACCCCUUCAUAGCUGCUAUGGGUACCGGUGGUUUAUUUGUACCACCCUUGAUUGCUCUGCAAGGAGCAAUGCCCGUAGCGGAUCUGGCAAGUAGUACUUCCACAUAUGUCUUGAAUCGGAUUCUUGGAGCAACGCUUGGUGUAUCCAUAGGACACACCAUAUUUGCGUCUCGACUGGUGAGAUUCAUGGCUUCGUUGAGACGUCUAGAAUCCGAUGUCUCCUCUUCUAUUCUUGUCAAACUUGAUAUUGAUUAA